AUGUCCAGACUUUGGGCUCAAGCCAUAACUCAAUACGACCCUGUCACGAUCGAAGUCGUUGGAUCUCUUGUUAUCCAGAUCUUCUUUUGGUGGAUUCCUUGUACCGGUUUUGUUUUCCUCGAUCAACUUGCGCCUUCCUUUGCUGCCAAACACAAGAUCCAGCCUGCCCCGAAGCAGCCCACAUCUUCUGAUAUCUUUGAUGCAGCCGUUAUCUCCUUGAGAAACCAACUGAUUGUCAUCGGAUUACAAGUUAUUCCUGCUACCCUCUCAACCAGACCCUCCGCGUUCCAGAUGACAGCAUCGUUACCAUCUGCAAAGGACUUCAUUCUUGAUUUUACAAUCUGUCUGAUCGCACGAGAGAUUUUAUUCUACUAUUCCCAUCGCCUUCUCCACAUACCUUAUCUAUACCGCCGCAUCCACAAGAUUCAUCACAAGUUCACUACUCCCGUCUCAUUUGCCUCGCAGUAUGCUCAUCCCGUGGAGCACAUCGUUGCAAACACGAUUCCCAUUGUUCUUCCACCGAUGUUAUUGCAAACUCACAUCCUGACCAUGUGGGUAUUUGUUUCAUGGCAGCUCAUCGAGACGGCAACCGUCCAUAGUGGCUACGAUUUCUUCGGGGGUGCGGCAUAUCGUCAUGAUCGACAUCAUGAGAGAUUCAAUGUUCAUUUUGGAGGAAUGCCGUUGUUGAACUGGCUGCAUAGUACUAAUAGUAGUAUAACCCUAGUAAAGAAAAACAAUUAA